AUGAGCUGUGGCAAUGAUUUUGUGGAAACUCUUAAGAAAAUUGGAUAUCCAAAAGCUGAUGAGCUUAAUGGAGAAGAUUUUGACUGGCUGUUUGAGUCUUUGGAAGACAAUUCUUUUCUGGAGUGGUUCUGUGGAAAUGUAAAUGAGCAGUAUGUGGUAUCUGAAGAAGAACUGCAAGAUUUUGAUAGUCUUCUUGAGUCUGGUAAGCCUGUUUUGGAAGGAAAUUCACUGGAUGAAGUCCUUAAAACCUUGAAGCCCAUGGAUUCAAAGAACAGUAGCCAAGAGGAGGAGGAGGAACUGAAGAAGUUAGAGGAUGAACUUCAAACUCUUCAGAAGUUAAAAAAACUUCAAAUUCAUCGUCAUAAUAAGCUUCAAAUGAUGGUUGCUGCGAACAACCAUAUGUUACAAACAUUAAAAAGCAAAGAGGAAGAAGCACAUAAAGAUUUGAAAGAAGGACUGCAAGUGUUUACUGCAGCAAAUAAUAAGCUUAAUAAUGAACUUCUGUCUCUUACGGAUGCAGCUAAGAAACUUGCCUCUUUCUUCACUGCUUCAGAUUCAGAACAAGAGUCAAGUCCCCAUCCAGUGUUUUUUUCCCAACUUUCUUUGGACAAGUAUUUGUCUCAGGAAGAACAAAGCACUGCAGUGCUUACAUCAUACAUAAAAGCACACUUUUAUCAAGGUGAGUCUGAAUGUGUUGAAAAUUCACAUGAAGGCUGCUUUGAGCUUGCAGAUAUAAGCGAACAAGUCACUUGUGAUGAGGCUAAUGAAGUUUGUGAAGAGAGUCAAGAGAUGGCCAGGCUCCAGACGGCAUAUAUUUGUGCUCAACAUCAGCUAAUUCAGAUGCAAGCUAAAGAGGAGAGCAUGAAUUCAGCUAUAAAAUGCGCGGAGAGCAUGCUGCAGUCCUUAAACAACAAGGAUAUUGGAAAACAGGAAAACCUUGAUGCCAAAAUAUGUAGUUUAAAUGAUGAAAUGUCAACAAUUAAACAAGAAAUAACUCGGAUAAACAAUGAAGAGCUGCUUCCCCUUUUGAAAGAGAAUGCACGACUUUUGAGUGCACCAGUGGUGAAAGGGCACUUGCUUCGUCAGAUUGCUCAGCAGGACUAUUAUGCUUCGAGACAAAAUGAAAUAUGCAGGCAUUUGAUAAGACAGAAAGCAUCAUUUGAACUUAUUGAGCUAGCCUAUGAAAUGGAGUUGAAGAAACAUAAGGAGAUCUGCUGUCAACUUGAGAAUUUGGUAGAAUCUCUGAAACAGAGCAGUAAUGAGUUGCAGCAGAGACUACAGGUGAUAUCUGAGCAAACUCAACAUGCAAAGCCAAGGAACACUAUUAGUUCAAAAGAUGGUUUCUCUUGCAGGCUAUAUCAGCUUCUGGAAGGAGAAAAUAAAAACCAGCAAUUGUUUAAAACAUACAAAAGACUGGAGCAGAUGGCUCAGAAGUUAAGGCAGGACUGUGCUACAGUACAAGAUCAGCUAGCAGCAUCUUCUCAAGAACAGUCUCUCCUUUUGUCCAAGCUAAAAAGUGAUGUAGAAACCCUUCAUGAUGCUCUGUAUCAUGGAGGAAAACAGAUACAACUCAGUAGUCGGGAACUUUGUGAGCAGUUUCAUCAACUGGAAGGUGAUUUAAAUAAACUAAAUCAACUUCUUAUGGAUCUGAUUGCUGAUGUGAAGUCAAAGAGAAACUUUUUAGAGUCCAAUAAGCUGCAUCAGAUGGAAAGAAACUUGUACGUGUAUUUUUUCAAAGACAAAGACCACUUGAAAGAGAUGGUGGAGAAGCUUGAGCAGCAAUCUGCUGCUAAAGCCGGUGUUCUGGAAGAUGAGAAUUUCACCACCAGUGGAGUUCUUAAUUUUUAA